GAAGAAGAAAAAGGUCCCGCCCAUCACGACGCAUGAGGAUGACGUCAUAAACGUAAACAAGAGCCCAUGACGAACAGACAGAUUCAAACAAGAGAGAUGAACGGACAAGCGGACGUCGAAGUUGACUACAAGAGGAAAUAUAAAAAUCUCAAGCGAAAAUUAAAAUUUCUUGUUUAUGAACAGGAAUGCUUCCAGGAGGAGCUGAGGAGAUCACAGAGAAAACUUCUCAAAGUUUCAAGAGACAAAAGCUUCCUCCUAGACAGAUUGCUACAGUAUGAGAGGGUAGAUGAAGACUCAUCAGAUUCAGAUGCUACAGUUUCUUCAGAAAACAGUGAAGGAGAAGGCCCCCGGGAGAGGGAAAGAGACGGAGCAAAGAAGCGAAGGAGUAGUCCUGGGGCGUGUCUUCCCUCAUCAUCCUCCCCUCAUCUCUCCCUGCUGUCCCGUUCUGGUGUAAAUCCCCUUCAGUCCUCGGGCUCUGGACCCUACCUCAACACUAUGCCCUUCCCACCAGAGUAUCUGGCUCCUCCAGCUGAACGCAUGAAGAAAGAGAGAAAAACAAAGACGCCUAAAAACAAGAAAGAGACUACUGGGAAGGUUGUUGCCCCAAUGUCAGCUAACUACCCAUCAGCCACUGCAGCCACGCCAGCAGCCAGCGGCCCUUUCAGCUGGGUCCCUAGACAGAUGCUCAGUGGAGAUGCGGCUGAAGAGGAGGGAGAGAGUGAUGGAGACAGCGACAGAGGAGACGAAGACAGAGGGGAGGGAGAUGAAGCUGAACUAGUCAUUGACAUUCCCAAUGAGUGAGCCUGACUGUGUGUUUGGAUGUAUUUAUUAGCAGAGGGAUUAAAGUAUUGUAAUCUGUAUGUGUGAGAGUAAAUGGCAUUUGACUUAAUGUUUUUCUGUGUUAAGUCACCCAUUUCACAUUUUCAAAAAAAAAGCUGCCAGGCUCCCCCCUGUGGACUUUUUCAGUAUUGCAAGAUCACUGUCAAUAAUUCUCCCUGAUAAAUGUUUUUUUUACGAAUUAUGUUAUACAUUUUAAUCUAUGAAAACAUUUUGUACAUUAUUUGGUAACUUUUGUAUUAUUAGGAAAUAGAUCUCAAGUGUUGCAUCAUCUUUGUUGUGACAGGCAGGUUUGAUCUACUUUGUGUUUUUUUCCUAUAAAAGUUGCCAUAUAUCAAAGCUA